AUGGACAAACAGAAUGAACAAAAAUGUGAAAAUCUUUAUUCAUCAAAUUUAUUUUCAGAAGAUUUAAUUAAUAAAAAAGUAGAAGGUCUUAAUCAUAAUCAUGAUGAUUUCAAUGAUAAUACAAAAAAAUGCAAAAUGUAUGAUAAAAGUGUAACAAUUGAAUUUGAUAGUGAUUAUGAAAAUUCCUAUAAAAAAAAUAAAUAUAAAGAAUAUUCAAAGCAAAGCACAUUAAGCAUAGAUAAUAAUGAUGCGGAAAAUGCAACAGAAUAUUCUUUUGAAACUAAAAAUUUCAGUGAUAAACAUGAUGAAUUGUUCUAUCAUCAAUGUGAAGAAAAUAAAAAGAAAUUUAAAGAAAAAUUUCAUGAAAAUGAAAUAAGUACAUAUGAAAUAAGUGAAAAUAAAACAAUUAAAAAUGAAGUUGAUGCUGAUAAAUUAAGUGAAAAUAAAAAGAAUAUAGAUGAACAAAAUAUAAAUAAAGAAAAUGAAAUAAAUGAAAAAGAUAUAAUCGAAAAUGAUAUAAAUGAAAGAGAUAUAAUCGAAAAUGAAAUAAAUGAAGAUAAAAUAAAUGAAAAUGAAACAAAUAAAAAUGGACAUGAUUCUUUAAAAUAUACUAAUGAUUUAAUUUCAAAUGAAGCAAAUGAAAAAAGUGCAAAUAUAUUAGAAAGUUAUGAAGAAAGCUCAGAAAAUAAUUUAGAUAUUAAUUGGAAUAAAUCUCAAAUAAAAACGUGCAUAAGAAUUAAGCCAUCAGAUUCAAUGGAAACAGAAUUUGAAAAUGCCAUUACACAAAAAGGAGCAAACAAAAUAUUAAUUGAUUAUGGAAUGAAAGGUGAAAACAAAAAAUGUGAAUUUUUGGUUGAUAAGGUCUUCAACCAAGGAAGUACACAAUUAGAUGUUUGGAAAAGCAUUUGUUUUUGUAUAGAUUCUAUUUUUUAUUUUAAAAAUGCUACUGUCUUUGCUCAUGGCCAUACAGGUACUGGAAAAACAUACACUAUGAUAGGUCCAGAUAUUAUGGAAUUAAUUAAGAAAAAAAAGAAGAGAAUUAGAUUUUCCAUAAAAAAAAUUCAACCAAAUGAUUUAUUAAUAAAUACAAACAGCUUAAAGCUCUUAAAUAAUAAUAGCAACAGUAAUAGUAAUAAUUUUUUUUAUGAUAGGAAAAGAUCUUGUUCUCAGCCACUAUUUAACUUACCACCAAGAAUAAUGCCUUUAGUAAGCACAAAUUCCACAAAUUAUAAGAGAAUAAAUGAUGCAUAUAGUGUUCUUAAUUCAAGAUAUAAUAAUAAAUCCAACUUAGAAUACAUUAAUGAAAAUAAUUACACAAAAUAUGAAAAUUAUAAAACAUUUUCUGAAUAUAGGAGUGAAUACAAAUCUAAUGCUAAAAGUAUUAAAGAUGAAAUACAAUUAGUUUUAAAUUCAGAAAAAAAAGGUAUGAUACCCAGAGCAUGUGAAGAAAUAAUGAAGAGAUUAUCAUUAUUAAAAUCUUCAAAAAAAACGGAAUCAUGUGAAGAAAAUAUUGUAGAGAAAACUAAAUGGGAACAAAAUAGUACUGACGAAUAUGAAGAUGAUCACAAAACGAAAGAUAUUUUUAAAAAUGUAAAAGUGUAUGCGUCAUAUAUGCAAUUGUACAAUGAUAGAAUAUUUGAUUUGUUAAACCCUUAUAAUGAAUCACAACCAUAUUUAAGUACAUUAAAGUCAAAUUUUACCAAUAAUACUACAUUUGUUUCUGGUUUAUUAACUGUAGAGGUAACCACAUGUGAAGAACUAAUUGAAUUAUUGAUAGAUGGAACAAGCAAUAGAGCUUGUAGAAUCACAAAAACCAAUGAAAUGUCAACAAGAUCUCAUUCCAUAUUUAAAAUAGAAUUAAGAAAUUCAAAUAAUUCUAAGCCCGAAAAUUUUAAAUCCGGCAAUUUAUUAUUAAUAGAUUUGGCUGGAAACGAAAAAUAUGAAGCAUCUAAUGAAAAACAAUAUACAACAGAAGUUUGCUCCAUAAAUAGAAGUUUAUCUGCUUUAUCACUAUGUAUAAAUGAAUUAUCAAAAGGAAACAAAAGCAUCAGCUAUAGAAAUUCAAUUUUAACUCGGUUACUUCAAGGGUCUUUAGGUGGAUCUAGUAAAACUAUUUUUAUUUGCACUAUAUCACCUUCUAUAAAUAAUGUACGUGAUACAUUAUCUUCAUUAAAGUUGGCUGCAAAGGCAAAAAAGAUACAAUUUGAAAAUAAAAAUUACAAUUCAUAUAUGUAUGAAGAUAUAAAAAAAUUAAAAAAAGAAUUAAAUUUUUUGAAAAAAUUUGUUUUUUUUCAGUAUAUUACCAAUAAAUAUGAAAGUAAGAAAAGACUAAAAAAAAUAAAAGAAUUUUAUUUUAAUAAUUUUCCAUAUACAAAAAAUAAAAUAGAUUUUAUGAAACUUAAUGAACAUAUAGAAAAAUAUGAUUAUAAUGACAAUGAUAAUACUGUAGACAAUGAAAAAUUAAACGAAAAUGAGAAAAAUAUGUGUAAUGAUUUUGUAGAACAAAACAUUAAUAAAAAUCAAGAUUUUAAUGAAAAUGAAUUAAAUGAAGUGAUAAAUACAUACAAGGGAAUAGAAAAUAUUUAUAAUGAUUAUGAAUUCACAUCUUUUAACUCAUUAUUAUUGCAAUGGAAUUUAAAUAAAUCAAGUAUUAAAAAAGUGAAAGAAAAAGUAAAAAUUCCAAAUAAUAAAAAAUAUUUAUGGUUCAAUAACAAUGGAAAUAUAAAUAAAAAAAGUAUUAUAAACUUUAUUGAAACACAUACAAUAGAAUAUGAAAUAGAAACGGAUGAAGAAGUGUAUAAUAAAAGUAAUAAGCAUCAAAAAGAAAUAGAUGACGAAGAUGACGAGGAAGAAGAAAAUUAUAAUGAUUAUGAUAAUGUAUAUGAAGACGCGAUGGAUAAUAGUUAUAAUUAUUGUAAUGAUGAAUAUGAAAAUAUUGAAGAAGAAGAAGAAGAAAUAGAUGAGGAUGAAACAUUAGAAGCGGAAGAUAAUCAAAAAGAUGAAAAACAAAAUAAAUACAAUUCUAAUAAUUAUGAUGAAUAUAUAAAACCGGAAGUAAAAUUGUCAAAGAAAAAAGGUGAGAUUGAAGAGAAUGGAGCUAUUGAAGAGUAUGAAGAAAAAAAUGAAGAAUAUGAAGAUGCGGAAGUAAAGCUUCAUGAAGAAAAAUAUGAGAAUGAAGAAGUGGAAGAUGAGUGUGAAUAUAAUGAAAAGUAUAAUAAUGUUUUAACGUAUCAAAAUAAAAUUAAAAAUAAUUAUAAAGAAAGGAGAGACAUUAAAAAAACAAAAAAUGAUAUUUAUAUGAAAGAUACUAUUUGUGAUAAGAAAAAGAAGGAUUACAAUAGAGAAAAAAGUAAAAAAAAAAAAAGAAUAAGUGAAAAUUAUAUAAUAAAUCAUCAUUUUGAAAAUAAAAACUCUAAUGAAUAUAUAAAAAAUACAGACAAUAAUAAAGGAAAUUAUGGUUUCUCAACAAAAUUAAUAAGUAGUAAAGAUAGUAAUUCUAAUAAUACAAUUAAAAAUAAGAAAAAACAUGUAAUGGAAAAAAAUAGAGAAAAGAAAAAUAAGAGAGAUAAUAAAAAUGAAGUUAUAAGUAAAUUUUAUAAUUUUAGCAUGAAUGUUAAUAAAAAAAAAGUAUUUAGUAGCAUCCUUAAAAAUAAACAAGAUGACAAUAAUAUAAAAAAUGUUAUAGACAAAAAAAAAGAAAAGUUAAUAAAAUAUAUGAAAAUAAAAAAAAUAAGCAACCCAUAUAAUCCCAAAAGUAAUUCAUAUAAUUUAAAUAACACAAAUCACAAAAUUAGCGUUCAGGGAUCUUCAUUAAUAAAAGCAAAAAAUGCAUAUAGAAAAAAAAAAAUUUUUGAACUAAAUAAAAUACACAAAUCAGAGUAUUUCUUAGAAGGAAAUAACAAUAAAAAUAAAGUAUCUCCAGAUAAUUUUACAAUUUUAAGCUCUUUAAGUACAAAGAAUAUGAAAAAUUUUAUAAGUAAUAUUAAUAGUGAUGAUAAAUCAUUUUCAGUGAAUUCAACAAAAAGUAAAAAAGAUAAUAAUGAUUUAAAAAAAAAUCAAAACAAUCUAUUAAAUCUAAAGUGUUUGGAAGUAAAGAAUUUGAAUAAAAAAAAUAAUUUUGUUAAUAACAUAGGAAUAAAUAAUUUAGUAAUAAAUAAAGUCAAAAAUUUUCACAAUUUAGCAGGAUAUAAGACAAGAACAUAUGAAAUAAUAGAUAAAAAGAAAGUAUAUUUAAAUGAUGAAAAAAAUGAAGAUGAAAGUAAUUGUGAAUUUUCACAAGAUGAUUUAAGUAACAAAGAUAUAAAUACAGAAUACAGUAGGUUAAAUUUUAAUAUUAAUAAUGAAAGAGGAAGAUCUAUUAGUGAAAAUUGCUGUUACAAUAAUUUAAAAAAUAAAACAAUUAUUGGAAAAAAUCAUAAAGGAAAAUUUACCUAUUAUAUUGAAUUUGAUAAGCUUAAUAAUGUUAAAAAACAUAUAAUGGAUGAAGGUUUUACAGAUAGUAGAACAAAUAAAGAAGAUUUAUUAUACAAUCAAAAUUACCAUGAAAUUAGAAAUUGUAAUAAAAAUAAUGUAGAAAUUUUGGAUAACAAAAAAAAGGUAGGCAAAAAUGAUUUAAUAACAGAAAUAGAGAAAAGCUGGUUAAGUUUUGAGAAAAAAUUAGAAAAUAAAUUAAAGCAGAAAAAAUUAAAGAAAGAUAUAAAAAUAAAAAACAAUAAUGAUAUAAAUAGUAACGCUAGCCAUAUUAGCGCAUUAGAAGAAAAUAAAAAAAAAUUAGAAAUACUAAAAAAUCGUUAUGACAAAAUUCUCGUUGACUCACAAAAAACAUAUAUGAAGGAUUUUUUCUAUGAUAAUGUAAAAAUUGAUAAUAAUAACAAUAAAAAUAAAGAUAAAAAAAAGAGUAAUAAUAAUAAUGUAUCAUCACUCAAUAGUAAUAAUUUACCCUUAUUUAAUAAAUUUAAAUUAAAUAAAAGUAAUCUACAAAUUAAUGGACAAGAUAAUAAGCAUUUUAAUUCAAAUAAUACUAUAUCUUUAAAAAAAAAUAUAAAUAAUUCAAUUAAGAGCAUUUUAACACAUAAUGAAACGAAAAAUAUAGAAAAAAAAUAUAUAGUUAAUAAUGAUAUCAAUAAAGAUAAUUUUAAGAAAUUAACAAAUUCAAAAAAUAGUGAGAAUAAUAUUCACAAUUUCUUUUCUAAAGAUCUUAAUAAUAUGAACUUAUCUACAUUAAGUUGUAAUAAAAAAAAUUCAAGUAAUUUUAACUGUGAUGUAAAAAGAAACAAUUAUAUAAAUAAUGAAAAUUACACAGCAGAUAUUUAUAAAAAAUUAAAUAAAACUGAUACCAUUGCUCAGUCUUAUGUUCACGAUAAUUUAAAAAAUGAGCAUUCAAAAAAUAGUUCAGUAAAAACAGAAAAUUUUAAUUUUAUUUUUCCUAAUAAUUCUACAAUUAGAGAUCCAUAUACCUUAAAUAUAAGUCCUAAUAAUAAGCAAAUAAAUUCAGAAAAAUGUUUUGAAACUUAUGGAAAAAUUGAUAACAAAUUAUUUUAUGUAAAAAAUUAUAAUAAUAAUGAUAAUCCAAAUAAUGAAAGAGAUAAAACUGAAAUGUAUAAGUGUAGUAAUGAGAUGAAUUUAAAAAAACAAAAUAAUGCAAGAAUCUCUAAUAAUUAUACAUGUAAUAAGGACAAUAAAGAAAAAAAUAUGGAUAACAAAAUGUAUAACACUAUGUUUUAUGGAAAUAAUCAUCUGCCUAAUAUUUAUAUUGAUAAAAAAGAGAAUGUAGAAGUAAAAGAAGAUGAAGUUAAAAAAAGAAAUGAAGGAGAGACAGAAAAAGAAGAAAUAAAAGAAAUAAAAAAAGAAAAUAAAAAAAAUAAAAAUCAAAAAAUAAUAGAAGAAAAUAAGUAUAUGAAAAUAACAGACAAUGAAAUGGAAAAUAGAAAAUGCAAUAUAAAUAAAUAUUAUGAAAAUAAUUACAUAAAAGCUUAUCACACAGAUGAUUUAAGUUUAAAGAAAAUACAACAUUAUCAACUUGAUAAUUUUAAAUGUAGAAAAAUGCAUAAAAUGAAUUUUUUUUAUUUGGAUGAUAAAAAUAAUAAAAAUAAUAGCUCAUAUAAUUCAGAAGAUAUGAAGAUAAAAAAAUAUAAUUAUAUAAGUGAAAAUAUUAUUCCUCAUAGCAGCAAAGUUAGCUAUAUGAACAACGUGAUUACUUAUGACGCAAAUAUAAAUGACAAAAUUAAAAAUAUACAUUAUUAUAGCAAUGAUAUUAAUCAUAAUUAUAUAUUUAGAAAUGGUAUAGUAUCAGAAAAAACUGAUCAAAAUAUAAUAGUAAAUCCGAUGGCCCUAAAUAGUAAUACAACAAAUACUGAAAUUGUAAAUGAUAUUAAUAAACCAAGAAAAUUAAAAUUAAUAUAUGAAAAUACAAAUGAAUAUGAAGCAAAAAUGAAUAAUCAAGUAUGCUCAAAUGAAAUAAAAAAGAGAAACACAACACCUUUAGAUUCUUAUUUCGAUUGUGAUAGUAGUAAAAAUAAUGUAUACAAUAAAAUUAAUUAUGUGCUUGAUAAAACAGAAGCAAAUCAUUUUUCUAAAACUUUCGAUUAUAAUAAUAAAAAAAUGUAUUUAUUAAAUUAUAAUAUGAAAAAUUGA